UUAUCUUUAAGUAACAGAGGCUUAAAGUUUUCAACAGAAAUCGAUAAGGGUAUUUAACUUUAUUAUUUUCUAAUAACAAACUAUAAAUUAAUGAGUGUCAAACUGUAUAAAAUAGGGUUCAAAUCUAACUUGUUCUUUAAUUUUUAUUGAUUUUGUUAGUAGAAGGUAACAAUGGUUAAAGGUCUUAUCUUAGUUUUUGUGGUAUACCUUGUUAAAGAUAUAUCUGGUCAUGGAAUGAUGUUAGACCCUCCAGGAAGAAGUUCAAUGUGGAGGUUCAAUCAUUCUGUUACCCCAAAUUAUCGUGACAAUGAGAAUUUCUGUGGGGGAGCUUACGUACAAAACGAACUAAACGGAGGUAUGUGUGGUGUCUGUGGUGACCCUUUCACUGAUCCUCAUCCUCAAAAUAAUGCAAAUACUGGUCUCUAUGGAACAGGAAUAAUUGCUCACACUUAUAAACCUGGACAGGUUGUUGAAGUCGGAGUACUCUUGACUGCAAAUCAUUUGGGUACAUUCUCAUACAGUCUAUGUGUUUUACCAGAUGUGAAUUCUCCUGAACCCGAAAAUUGCUUCAACGACUUACUUUUGGAAGACGGUUCUUCACAUUACACUAUAACAGCUGAAGAUAUUAUGAUUAAGAACAAAGUGAGAUUGCCAGAAAUAACUUGCGAACGUUGUGUUUUAAGAUGGACUUACAGAUGUGGUAACAAUUGGGGCAUGUGCGAUGACGGAAUAUGGCGUCCUGGGUGUGGACCACAAGAACAUUUCAGAUCUUGUUCGGACAUCGCAAUUAUACCAUCUGAAACAUAACCUAAAACACAGGCAUAAGCUGAAGCACAACCAGUACCUCAGAUGAUUCUAAAUCAUGGCAAAUACCGCAAGAUUUUAUUUUAAAUUUAGUUUUAACUGGUUCAUUAUUAUGUGCUAUAAUGAUUAUAAAAUAUAUAUUCUUAAUAC